UAAAGACAUAGGUGCAUACCAGCAGAUGACACCUAAGUCUGAAGGUGUAUAAGCACUCUGCACAUCUCAGAACACCCAAGAAGUCUACAGCAACUCCUUGAAUCUUACCUUUACAUGUGCCAUCUUUUAAAGACAGGUCAAGUGUAUUGAUUUUCUCUUCACCUAUCAAUUACAUGGUCUAAAUGAGCUACAAUGCCAGUACUUCUAAAAUGAAGAUGAUCAGUCUAUCUUUUGUUGUUGUAGAUAGUGGUCAUCACUGCAUUUGGGGAUGGGAAUUCUGCCCUUGUACUUUGCCUCAUCAGAUCGGCAGUGGCUCUGGAACUGAUUGCACAACAGAACUUCUGCUCCCCACAUCUGCUCUGGAGGUUUGAGGGAACCGCAGAACAGAUUGAGGAGCAGGGGAAUGCAGCAGAAUGAAAGGUGGAGAAGGUUUUGUUGUGAAGCUGGAAGUCCUUGUGCAAAUGGGAUAACUUGGAGGGAUGCAGCCCUGAGUAUCACCAUUACAUUAAAUCAGUCUCACUCUUCAUGUUGGAGUAACAUCUGAAGAGCUGCUCUGUGUCUACAUUUUUACAUGCAUUUCCUCCUGGCUCCCUUUUUUCGCUCCCCAUGUCAUGCCCCAGCAAAUCUAGUUAAAUAAAAAUAAUCUUCAUAGGAUUUUUUAAAAGGCCAAAGCACUGGUAGGGAGCCUUCCAAACUGUGUGUUGUGACACAUUAGUGUGUCAGCUGCAGUGUGUAGGUGUGUCGCGUGAACGCUCCCUGCGCACCUUCCAGGGCUGGGAAAGGGUUAGUUUAACCUCUGGUUUGCUAGUAAAGCUGAAUUACUUGCAAAAUUAUGCAUGUCUAGAAAGUGUCACCAACAUGAAAAGUUUGGAAAACUCUGAUGUGAUGUAUCACACUUGAAGUUUCAUGAAGCUAUAUAAUGUCCAGUUCUGAUGAGCUAUGUAAGUGUGCUGCAUAAACUAUUCCAUCUUCAGCUCAGAUGAUUUCUCGAAGAGGGAGUGGUCUGGAGACAAUGGAAUCAAUUUCAUCCUUUGACAUUUUACUGAACUUUUAGAGGAAAACUUAUAGUUUCCUAAAGAAAAACCUGAUAGCUUAUCAUGCAAGUCAAGGGGGAGGGAGAUGGUUUCAGGGCCACUGAAAGAUCGAUUGUAUAAUUUCCAUGUGCAUUCAAUGCACAUAAUUCCUAGUCUUUCUUAUUUGGAGGUCAUAGCAUUCUGGAUUGCAUUACAGUUGUUGUUUUUUUAGUCUAUUUUGUAUUCUUAUUGUGCAGAUAGCUUAAAAUGCAAUACAUCUGCACAAUUUUAACUGAGCAACAGCUAAUAUACCUGCUUCUAGAGGUAAGUGAAAAACCACUUACAGUGAUCUAAAUAUUUUUGGAACCAGCCUUAAGCCCAUGAGGAUGAAGAUGAAUUAAUAAAUUUAAAGGGAAAGUUGUGUGUGCUUAAUAUAUACCCAGCCGAAGGCCUGCUACAGUAAUUUGUUACAUAUAAUAAUUAUCAGCCUAUACAUUCCACGCCUGUUUCCUCCUCUCGCAUCAAGUAUUGUUCACAUUUGAAGUCUUUACACUGAAUCAAUCAUGUAUUUUGUGUAGAGAGGCAUUUGGAUUUUUUUCACAUGUUGGCUAUUUUAUGCAAAGUUGUACCAAUACCAGUUUCGCACACUCACCACCACAUGUACAUGAUAAAAUCAUCCUGUGUGGGCAUCAUAAUUUAGAAAACAAACAAGUGAAUUGGGCAUUAUUAUCAUCAUAUGUCCAUAGUAUCUAGCAUUGUCUGAAGAGAGAUGGAAAUUUCCCAUUCGGAGAUCCAGUUAACGAAGUUAAAGGGAGGGAGGGAGGAGCUCUGGCUUACAAGCAUAAAUCAAUAGAUGUGCACUAUGAACUGAAAGCUCACUGAAAGUACUCCGAUCAUGCCAACGGAGUCACAAUGGCCGGCUCAAAGACUCACUUGGUUUUGGAGAACUAUAUAGGAGGCCAAUUUAUUCCUUGCUCCUCAUAUUUAGAUUCCUAUGACCCGUCUACAGGAGAAGUUUAUUGCAAGGUGCCAGACAGUGGCAGAGAGGAGGUUGAGGCAGCUGUCAUUGCUGCCCAAAAUGCUUUCCCAGGCUGGUCGGCCAAAAGCCCCCAGGAAAGGUCAAAAAUAAUGAGCAAGUUGGCAGACCUUAUUGAAGAAGAUCUGGAGUCAUUUGCUCAAGCAGAAUCAAAGGAUCAAGGGAAAACCAUUACAUUUGCUAGAAUGGUGGACAUCCCCCGAUCUGUAUACAAUUUCCGUUUCUUUUCGUCAUCCAUCCUUCACCAGACAGCAGAAUGUACACAGAUGGACCAUGUGGGCUGUAUGCAUUAUACUGAGAGAGCACCUGUGGGAAUUGCUGGCUUAAUUAGUCCUUGGAAUUUGCCACUUUACUUGCUGACCUGGAAAAUUGCGCCGGCUAUUGCGUGUGGAAACACUGUCAUUGCCAAACCCAGUGAGAUGACAUCUGCCACUGCUUGGAUGAUGUGCAAGCUUCUCAAUAAAGCAGGUAUUCCUCCAGGUGUGGUGAACAUCAUAUUUGGGAGUGGUCCAAAAGCUGGAGAUGCUCUAGUUUCCCAUCCCAAGGUGUCACUAAUUUCCUUCACGGGAAGCACUCUCACUGGCCAGCGCAUCAUUGAAAGGAGUGCUCCGUAUUGUAAGAAGCUCUCUCUGGAGCUUGGAGGAAAAAAUCCAGCUAUCAUCUUUGAGGAUGCCAACUUAGAUGAAUGCGUUCCUACUAAUGUAAGAUCCAGCUUUGCGAAUCAGGGUGAAAUAUGUCUCUGCACCAGCAGAAUCUUUGUUCAAAGAAACAUUUACAAUGAAUUCUUGAGAAGGUUUGUGGAAGCUGUCAAAAAGUGGAAAGUUGGAAACCCCUCAGAUCCCACAAUUGACCAGGGAGCACUGAUAAGUAAAGAACAUUUAGCAAAGGUAAAGAACUACAUCAAAAAAGCAGAGUCUGAAGGGGGUAAAAUUCUCUGUGGAGAGGGGAUCGAUACUUUGACUCUUCCAACAAGAAACCGGAAUGGGUAUUUCAUGCUUCCGACGGUCAUUACUGAACUUGCCGAUGACUCAAGUUGCAUGCAGGACGAGAUCUUUGGCCCUGUAACCUGCGUCACAGUGUUUGACACGGAAGAGGAAGUGAUCAGGAGAGCGAAUGGGGUCAAAUACGGACUGGCAGCCACUGUCUGGUCAAGGGAUGUGGGGCGGGUUCAUCGCGUUGCUAAGAAACUCCAGUGUGGAUUGGUGUGGACCAACUGCUGGCUUAUCAGGGACUUGAAUUUGCCCUUUGGCGGCAUGAAAGCCUCAGGGGUAGGCAGAGAAGGAGCAAAGGAUUCCUAUGAGUUUUUCACUGAGGUGAAAACAAUUACUAUAAAACACACUGAGAUGCACUGAUGAAAAAUAUUCCACAUCAGAAUAAACAAACACGGUGGUUUUUGCUGUGCCUGUCUUUGAAAUAGAUAAUGAGACAGGUU